AUCAGCUGAUGGGUAGCAACAAUUAAUUAUUUACGUUUUGUUAAUACAGAACCAUGGCAUUAGUGACGUUAUCUACAAUUUUAGAGCUUUUUGCGGAUGAAAUUAGUGUAGUAAAGAAAGGCGAAAAUUGUGUAGAUAGUAGGCAUGUAAUGGAAGUUGUGUUUGAUUGAUGGAACUUUAAAUGUAAUUCGUGGGAAAGUGUUAGCAAGUAUGAAAAAGAGAUCAUAUCAGGUGGAAAUAAAUUUAGAUCGUGAUGGGAGCAUACAGAUCGAAAAUAUUAAUUGUCAAUGUGCAAGAGGACAAUUUAAAUGCCAUCACAUUGCAGCAAUUUUACUGUACUCCCACAAAAACUUUAGUAAAACUGACAAAAUGUGCCAAUGGAAAGCUCCAAGUAGUAGUGGACCAGAAAACGUUGUAUCUGUAAAGGAUUUGUUCCCGAAACCUCAACAUCGUUCGACAAAUCGAAAUGUAGAUACAGCAGAUAAGGAAUUCUUUUAUUGUCAACUCAAAUCAUUAAACCGGUUUUCUGGUUUUUGUUGGCUGUUGUCUCCGGAGCAGAAAACUCUGCAUACAGAAGUAAAAUCGUUUUCCAAGAUUUUAGAACUGUCCAAAAUAGUUAACGGAGAAAUCGAUGAAAUACGACUAUUUACUAAUUUCCAAGUCACAGAAAAAGAAAUUGUGCAGGUGGCUGCUACAACAUGUGGCCAAAAUGAAAAUCCUACAUGGCAUCAGAUGCGUUUAGGUCGCCUCACAGCUACAAAUUUGCAUCUUUUUCGCAACGUUUCAAUUACAAUGGAAUCUGCAGAUGGGGAGCAUAUUGUUGGUGAUUGUGACCGUGGUAGCCGGAAACGACAAGCAAAUUUAACAUCCAGGGAGAGAAAGAAGCAAUGUGGGCAAGUAGGGCGAGAUGAUAUACUUAAACUUCGGGAAGUUUUUUACAAAAAUCCCAAUAAAGUUAUUCAAGAUGGAAUAUUAGCCAGUAACAUUGAGUUGGAUAUCCCUAAACGAAAAAGAGCUCGCAAAUCUGAUGGAAAACCGCACUCCUUGUCUGCAAAAUAUCAUGUACCUAUAUAUCAGUCGACAAAAAGUACAAAUUUGUCAAAAGUUUGUAAUGGCUGUAUACAACGUUUGUCAAAGGAGACUAAACACAAUUUGCAAGAAACUCCAGGCUGGGGAGGAAAUUAUUUAUAA